UGGUCUCUGGAGAGAAGCAAGCAUGAGAGAUCCAUGGCACCAAGUUCGUCAAUGAAGCUGCGAGUGAGGGGGUAUAAUCGUCGAGGCCUGUCUGCCAAUGGCCGCAUGUGGCAGAGGAUGUCGGUGGCAGGCGACCAGCUGGCAAUGUUCCAGAAGGGGAGCUGGAUCAGGCCAAGACAGUUGAGUUAGUCUGGGGCGCGAUUGACAUCUGGAGGGGAAUAAUGCUGAACACUGCGAACAGUGUGUAUACGAAUGAGGAAAGAAAUAUACGCUACGCUUGUGACUGGGGACCUGGCCGCCAUCCGGCUCAUCCCUACCCGUGGCCUGGCCUAUGCAUAGGGGAUGGAAGCGCGGACUGUUUGACUUGCCGCUCCGCUUCUCAACUUGCCGUGACAAUUAUGUCAAUCCGCAAAGUAUCGAGAAGUGCCACAAAAUCUCUGGUGAGGGCUGAGUAUGUUUGCAAUUGGUCAAACAGUCAUUGCCUCCCCUCUUCAACUUCACUUCGAGAACCAUCUCCGCUACUUGGCGCGACACUACUGAACAAAGACAUCUACAUCCCCGCAGUUGUCCAUCAGCACUAGAGAAGGUCGGCACUAGUAUUUAUCCCUUGGGCUCCCAGCUAGAGUGGCAGUAGUCGAUGGAAAAGAAAUAAAUGGUGCCACAUCACCUACAUCAGCCUUUCACAACUUUCAGCAAAAGUAACAGUGAAAAGAAACACCAGAUAUAAAAGCAAGAAAAAUGGCACGAGCAAUGUUUUCCGGCAAAGUCUUCGCCAUUACUGGAGGAGCAUCCGGCCUCGGCCUCGCAACAGCCAGAGUCCUCGUCCAACGCGGCGCCAAAGUCAGCAUAGGAGACAUGUCGUCGCAACUCGAAAGCGCAGCUACCGAAAUAUCCCAAUCCGUGACGGAGCAGCAACGGAAAGAACAAGCAGCCGCCGUCACCACCGAUGCCGUGUUCGCACAAAGAGUUGACGUCCGCGACCUCUCGCAAGUCCAAUCCUGGCUCAAAGCUACUGUCGACCGAUUUGGUAAAUUGGACGGAGCUGUCAAUGCAGCUGGGUCGUUUGAUUACCCUAGUGUGAAAGUGCGCUGGCAUGAACAGCGUGGGAUUGACAAUUUCGGAGCGACCAUCUCGACAAAUUUGACUGGUUUAGCGAAUUGUAUGCAUGCGGAGUUGGAGUAUAUGAGUGCUGGAAGCAGCAGCAAGUCGAUAGUAAAUGUUUCCUCUGUGGCGGGUUUGAAAGCUGCGGGAAGUCCGGCUUACGUCGCCUCCAAACACGGCGUCGUCGGCCUCACCAAAGUUCUCGCGCGAGAAUACGCCUCUGCGGGAAUUCGCAUCAAUGCCGUGUGUCCCGGCAUGAUCCGCACGCCCAUGACGGAUAAUUUGGUCGAGACUAUGGGUCAAGAAUCUUUGAAUCGAAUCGUGACUUUUAAUCCCAUACCGCGCAUGGGAGAACCAGUGGAGAUUGCCAAUGUGAUUGCAUUUUUGCUGUCAGAGGAGUCGAGUUAUGUUACCGGUUCGAUAUACUCGGUUGAUGGGGGCAUGACUGUUUGA